AUGGCUGCCAGAUCACUCCCUGUUUUUGACGCGACCACCACCGCUGAGGCAGUCGCAGACGCGUCUGCGGAGCGUAUCCGCGGGAAGAACGUACUGGUCACCGGAACGUCGCUCAACGGGCUUGGCUACGAGACGGCGCGGACGAUUGCGAAGCACGCGAAUCUUGUUGUCAUUACAGGGCAUAACGACGAGCGCCUGAACCUCGCCGCUGCCGCCAUCCGCAAAAGCUUUCCCACCGCCAAUGUCCGUACCCUCAACGUCAAUCUUGCCUCGCUCGCCGCCGUCCGCAAGGCCGCUGCGGAGGUCAAUGCAUAUGCUGAGCCCAUUCAUGUCCUUAUAAACAAUGCUGCCCGCCCAUGGUGCGAGUUCUCGCUCUCCCCCGAUGGUCUCGAGAGCCAGAUGGCCACCGGGCAUGUCGGCCCGUUCCUCUUCACCAACCUCAUUGUGCCCAAGCUGCUCGCCGCUGGCUCCACCAACUUCACCCCGCGGGUGGUGUGGGUCUCGAGCGUGGCCCAUGCGCUCGACAACAGCGGCGUCGACUUUGCGGGGCUCACCCGGCCCGAUGCGGCCACGUACGACACGCGCAAUGCGUACCACCAGGUCAAGUCUGCGAAUGUGCUCACUGCGGGCGAGUUGUCGCGCCGUGCCGGCGGGAGGAUCAACAGUUUUAGUCUGAAUCCCGGAUUGGUCUACACAAACAUGCUUGUUGCUGACCUCGCCGUGCCCUUUUUCAAGGCCCUCGGUGCGCUCGGCGAGGACGGCACACCCUCUCGCGAGAAGUUCGACUGGAAGACACUCGAGCAGGGUGCUGCCACGACGGUCGUGGCGGCCUUUGACCCGCGCAUCGAAGACUUUUCUGGAUCCUAUCUCGACGACUGCGUGCUCGCGAACGAGGCGGCCGCGCCGCACAGCACCGAUCCCGACACCGCGAAGAAGCUGUGGGAGAUCACGGAGGACAUCGUUGGGGAGAAGUUCACGUUUUAG